UACCUGGUGAUGGACUACUACGUGGGGGGGGACCUGCUGACCCUGCUCAGUAAGUUCGAGGACCGGCUCCCGGAGGACAUGUCCCGGUUCUACGUGGCUGAGAUGGUCCUGGCCAUCCACUCCAUCCACCAGCAGAACUACAUCCACAGAGACAUUAAACCAGACAACGUGCUGCUGGACGUUAAUGGUCACAUCCGCCUCGCUGACUUUGGAUCCUGUCUCCGCAUGAUGGAGGACGGCACGGUGCAGUCGUCGGUAGCGGUGGGAACCCCGGACUACAUCUCCCCAGAGAUCCUGCAGGCCAUGGAGGACGGGAUGGGCCGCUACGGCCCCGAGUGUGACUGGUGGUCUCUGGGCGUGUGCGUGCGCACGAGAUGCUGUAACGGAGAAACACCGUUCUCGCCCGAGUCGCUGGUGGAAACCUACGGGAAGAUCAUGAACCACGAGGAGCGUUUCCAGUUCCCGUCGUCGGGCGCCGAUGUCUCCGAGGACGCCAGGGAUCUGAUCCAGCGGCUGCUCUGCUCCCGGGAGCGCCGCCUCGGCUCCAACGGGAUCUCCGACUUCCAGCAGCACCCGUUCUUCAGCGGCAUCGACUGGGACAACAUCCGGGCCGCCUCGGCGCCGUACAUCCCCGACGUGUCCUCGCCAACCGACACGUCCAACUUCGACGUGGACGACGACGUGCUGAAGAACCCGGAGCUGAGUCCCCCGAUGUCCCACACCGGCUUCACCGGGCAGCACCUCCCCUUCGUGGGCUUCACCUACACCACCGACAGCUGCUUCGCUGACCGGGGGGGUGGUGGAGGGGCAGGGGGGGGGCAGGAGGCAGGCGGCGGGCAGGAAGUGGAGGCCUUCGAGAGGAGGAUCCGGAGACUGGAGCAGGAGAAACAGGAGCUGAACCGCAAACUACAGGAGUCGACCCAGGCCCUGCAGUCUCCGGCUCGAGGAGGAACUCUGAGCCGAGACAAAGAGAUCAAGAAACUCAACGAGGAGAUAGACCGGCUCAAGAAGAAGCUCGCAGACUCUGAUAGGCUGGAGCACCAGCUGGAGGAAGCUGUCACACUCAGACAGGACUACGAGAGCUCCGCCUCCAAACUGAAGACGCUGGAGAGACAGGUGAAGACGCUGAGACAAGAGAAGGACGAAGUCCACAAGCAGCUGGCAGACUCUCUGGAGCGUCUCCGGGCCCAGACCAAGGAGCUGAAGGAGGCCCACUCCCAGAGGAAGCGGGCCCUGCAGGAGUUCUCGGACCUGUCGGAGAGGAUGGCCGACCUGAGGUCCUCCAAGCAGAGACUGUCCCGCCAGCUGAGGGACAAAGAGGAGGAGACUGAGACUGUCCUGCAGAAGAUGGAGGCCAUGAGACAGGAGAUCCGCAAGACCGAGAAGAACCGCAAAGAGCUGGAGGCUCAGCUGGACGAUUCGAAGGCCGAAGCAUCGAAGGAGAAGAAGCUGAGAGAGCACAGUGAGGUCUACUCCAAACAGCUGGAGACAGAGCUGCAGGGCCUGAAGUCCCAGCAGGGUCUGGGUCCAGCGGCUGGGGGGGCGGAGCCUCAGCAGGAAGUGACCCGUCUGAAGGCGGAGCUCGAUAAGAAGGUCCUGUUCUACGAGGAGGAACUGGUCCGCAGGGACUCGGCACACUCCUCAGAGAUCAAAAACCUCCGCAAAGACCUGCACGAGUCUGAGGGGGCCCAGCUCGCCGCCAACAAGGAACUGCUGCAGCUCCGGGACCGGCUGGACAAAGACAAGAGGGACAGACAAACCGAGAUGGACGAAGCUGUUUCUGCUCUGAAGGAGAAAUCUGAGCGAGAGAAAAACCUGCUGAUGGAGGAGAACCGCAAACUGAUGGCAGAAACCGACAAGCUGUGUUCGUUUGUGGAUAAACUGACGGCCCAGAACCGCCAGCUGGAGGACGAGCUGCAGGACCUGUCCUCUAAGAAGGAGAGUGUUGCUCACUGGGAGGCUCAGAUCGCAGAGAUCAUCCAGUGGGUGAGCGAUGAGAAGGAUGCUCGUGGAUACCUUCAGGCUCUGGCCACCAAGAUGACCGAGGAGCUGGAAACUCUGCGCUGCUCCAGCCUGGGAACAAGACCUCUGCCUGACUCGGGACUGGCCACGCCUCCUAAGAAGCCCUGGCCUCCUAUUGGUGGAGACAGGAGG